UCAGGAGACCUACCUAAUAGCCUCCCUAGAUAUUUAGUUUUUAUGUGUGACAACCAAAAAUCCUGGACCUAUAUGGACAAAAUGUGUGAUGGAAGAAAUCAUUGCGGAGACUGUUCAGAUGAAUCAGAAUUGCUGUGCCCUGCCUGUACUGGAUGGAAAUGUGUUACUGUCUUCUUCAAUGACUGUGACUGCAUACCGAAGAGUCGCUGCAGAGACAACUUUCAGGACUGCACUGAUAUGAGCGAUGAAAAGAACUGUACAAAGUGACAUCUGAAUGAAUUUCUAUCCUUAACCUUGGAAUUUUCUGCUACAACUAUUUCUACAAUUUUUUUAAAAAAAACUUUAAAAGGGUAAAAUGCACACAUCUUAUUAUGUUAGGUUCGAUGCUAUAUUAACUGUAUUGUAAAAAUAAUACGAUUUCUAACACUAAUUACUAGUACAGCCCUAUGCAGCAAAUUGUUUUAUUUAACUGCUGACCAAUUUUGUUCAUACCCAGAUUAAAAUUUUACAUUUUGUAGUUGUUGCACCAUAUUCCAAUAAGGACUUUGAAAGAAGCCAUGACAGAAUGGAAUAGAACAUUAAGAUAAUCAAAGUAGAUGAACAUGGGAGACUUGAGAAUGAGAUCACUUUAUUUUUCUGAAUUCCAGACUAUCUAUUCAAAGGCGCAUCAUAGCACAACCCUUUGCAGGAAUUAAUCUUGUGAACCAUCAUUGUACUGCUUUCAAUGCAUGUAUACUCUUCCUUAGAGGAGAUUAAAACUGCACAUUACUCCAGAUGUAGUCUAAGCAAAGUCCUAUACAAAUGUAGCAAGACUUUGCUACUCUUAUGUAAUUUUGCAAAAAAAAAAUCAAUUGCCUUUCUUCUUGCUUCUGAGGUCACCCAAAUCUCCCUGAAAUCAACAUUUAAAAGUUCCUCAUUUGAAAAUAUCCCUUUCUUCCUCUUGCUGAUUAAAUGACAAGAAACUGGCUGCUUAGUGACAUUGUGCUUGGUCUAAAACUUUUCAGACCCUGUCAAAUUAAUGCACUGAAUCCUCUUCUCAUCAACCUGUCUCAAAUUUCACAUGUAAAUAAAGAUUUUGGGGAAAAAAAAACACCACGUUUGUUACUUUUUUUUGGAUCAAGCUGGAAGUCUGCCCUGUGGCUGAUUCAAAACAGUUGCAGUUUGAAAUUUAUUAUUUAUAUUUUCAAUAUCAUGAGAUAGCAGUUUUCCUGGUUUAGUUAACUACUCAGCAGCAGUUGGCCAGCUAGGAGUCAAGUCCGGCACUAGGAGGACA